AGUAGUACAUAAGUAAUAGUUAGGUAAAUUACGAGUAUAUAUUUAACGUAAAUUUAAGUGACUAUAUGUGUCACUGAUAUCAAUAGGUAUACAAGAUAAUAAAUGGUAUAGAUUCGCGACCUAAAUAGUAAACCGUAAGUAUCUUGUGACCUAGGAGGUGGUUCCAGGGCGAGUCGAUGGCCCAGUGCCCCAGAAAGAGUAUAUCGCGCAUGUGCAUUGGAUGCCGUUCAUAAAGCACUUUACAACCCUCGGUACUUGAUUAACUCAGUUUUACCUAAUAAUAGGGAGUUUUUGGAAAUGCAAACAAGUGAAACAAAAUAAAAAAAAAAAUCUGAAAUUGUUUCUGUUUAUGUUACCCACAAUGUGUUUGACAUUGUUGUUUUUAAUUAGUUGUUAUAAGUAGUUAGUUUUUCAAAAGUAGCAGUGAUUUUUAAAUUGAAUAAUGUAACUAUAUAUAGUGUUUAAUUUUAAUAAAACAAAAUGAAGGAAGAAUUGAAUAAGUAAGGAAUAUAAGUUGGUGAUGUAGCAACAUUUUAUCUUUUGUUGUCGCCAGAAAAAAAAUGGCCGAUUCAUCUCUUGUCAAAACUAUCUUAGCGAGAAAUUAUUUCGAAAACGUGUUGAAAUUCAUGGAAAAUCACGUAAAAGUGCUUAAUCAGUGCUGGUGACGUGUUCUACAUAUACUGUUCAAGUGUCUAGUGAUUAAUUUUAGCGUAAAAUAUAUGAUUGUCAAGUCCUCUACGGUCGUUCUUCUACAGCCAAAUAAAUGCACGAUGUGAGGGCGGCGCGAUGUGGGUGGGCGGGGCCGGCUGGUGCUGCGGCUUGCUGGCCGCCGCCGCCGUCCUGCUGCUCGUGCUGGCGCGCUGCCGGAGACGACACAACAAGCCCACGCAACAGCUCGCGGUACACGUAGUCCGCGACUCGCUGCCACCCCGCCCCCCGCAGCCCCCUCGAGUGACACAUCCCUCUCUUCCCUAUCCAACACCCCCACUCCCUGCGAAACGUACCCUGGCGUCGCUCGCUGGAGCUCCCGCAGACGACCCCUCGCCUCCACAGAUUAUUAUCGUACAGAACUCCACACAAACGACAAUAGCUCAAUCUAGUCAGAGUCCACAACCUCCAGGCUCCCAAAUCCCCGGCACGUCGAACGAACUGAGAGGUAUACCGAAGUUGCCUCUGCCCGAACAGUGGAUCCACAAACGGCCCGUCGAUUACAAGUUUGCAAAUUCGAUUCCCAGGCAAUUUGCUCAGAUCGUUAACGCCGAUCUAGGGAGUGAUUUGUCCCAGGAAUCCAGAGCCAAGAAAUUCAGUGCAACCCGAUCUCCUUCGUUGGAGAAGGACGAGAAGUCUCCGUUCGUAACGAGCGCUAAAUCUCAAAAAGUUUUCGGUUUCGAUCCUGAUACCCUACAAAAGUUAACAGACACAGCCGAUAUGAGUGAUGCAAUGUCUCCGAAGGACACCAGUGGCAGCCAGGAAACGUCACCCAACAACUUGAGGAGAUUUAAGUCGGUUAGCACCAGAUUAAACAUGUGUAGCGUUAACGAAGGUCUGGAGAGUCAGCAGGAGAGAGUGGAGCUUCAGAAUUCUCCCCGUGUCCUCGAAUGUAGUUCGGCGAAAGAGAAAUCGUCUGCUCCUAAAUUUGAUUUCUCUCCGAGGGUUUUCGUGGAUGCCAUUAGUUCUCCAAGAUUCUUUACGCCUCCAGAAACUGUAUCUCCUAUGUUCUUCGCGGAACCGUCACCGAAAUCAGUAUAUUACGACAGUGUCAGAUCACCGAAAUUCUUUCCGGAGACUCCUCGUGAACCAGAAGUGCCACAGUCUCCCAGGACGCUCGGAGACCAUAUUAAUAGGAACGGCCUAGCCGACAAGCCUAGUUCACCAAAGAUUCUGAGUUCGAGGCCAAGUCCCAAAGUGCUAAUGUACAAUAAAGAAAACUAUUUUACCUUCGAUCAGUCGGGUGGGGCAGAAGAAGGAUCUAGAAUGUCACCCAGACCCAAGAAAUAUGGAGGAAGAAAUUCUAUAGAACGCGAAAGAUUCACUCCUCCCGCUGACAAGGACGCGAGAAAGUACAGACGGCAUAAUAGCUGCGAUACAAACUACAAAAUGAUUGAAUUGAACGUAAAGGAAGAAAACAAUGAGACCAAAGAGAAGGACGUGGUAGAUUGCUGCAUGAAGCUAGAAUCUGUAAAGCUUGAUAGUAAAAUCGACGAGAAACCGAACGAAUUAACGCCCAGCCCUUCGAACUCUGCGCAUGCGAGAAGACAGAGGCUAAAGUCUAUAUCUUUAGACUCUGAAAACGCUAAGAUCAUAGAACAGAACCUUGGGCUUCCGAUAGCGAAACAGAUAAAGGAUCAAAUGAACGAAGCAUACAAGAACCAUGACAUCAGCACUUCCUAUGAGAGUAUGGAACGCCACCAAAAAACUCCAAGCUCUGAACGUCCCGUCUUUAAGUUUGAAGAUGAACAGGAGAAACAGGAACCCAAAUCUCCAGUUAAGCAAAAAAAGAGCUUGAGACAGAGUUCUGAUACCCAAUCUUUUAUUGACAUGCCGAGGUUCUCGCCCAAGGAGUUCGAGAUUACUGUAACCUCCGAGGAAGGAGCGACCACAUCAGCUGACACCCAGAUGAAACCUAAAAGCAAGAAUCUAAGAAAUCUAACAAUCGAUUUGACAAAGCGCGACACAGAACUUGAAAAGGAAUUAUUAGAAUUCGAAAAGUUAUACACUAAUGCCGAAGAGAAGAAAGUGAAAACGCCCACAUUAAAAGUUAAAGCCACUUCUCUGGACUCCUCGGAGACCGUCAAUUUGUCUUUACCCCAGAAGAAGUCUUUGGACGUUCCCCAAAAUUCGAUUUCGGUACCGAAUACCCCGAAGAGACAGUUGAAAAGGAUACUAGCACAGAAAUCGUUAAAACACGAUUUUUCUGGUGGAAAAUUAGGGUAUAGUUCCAUUCAGCCAAACGCAGACCAACGGCGUUUGCUUAUGAAGGCUCAAGACAGCGGGAUUUACUUGAGGGAAAACCACGCUAGUUUAAUGUUAUACCAGCCGAGCACAUCCCGAGCCGGGUCUCGUACCAUGGGCUCGUUUGACGAAAACAUGUCCGACUUCGCUGAAAAUGCACCAGAAAUUAACAUAUGCGGAACCGACAAUAGAUUCCAACUCGACACCGGACCGAGUUUGGGCUCAAAUCUGUUAAAUUACAAACAGAAUUUAAGCGUUUCGAGCACUAACUUGAAGACUCUUCCCGAAGGAGUUCCGUCCGACGAUUUCGAACCUAGCGCGGACGACGAAAAACUUGUAAAGAAAUUACACAGAAGGAAUUCAAACCAAAGUUUAAUGUUAAGCACUCACAGUCUCCAGGGCUCAAACUGCUCUCUCAGCAGCGCGGGCGCGUCUUGUCACAACCUGGCCACAGUGCGGACCAGCGUUUCGAACUUCAGCCUAAAUUCGGAUAGACAAAAGAAGUUUUCUCUAGAACGACGAGAUUCUAACGUUUCUUUAAUGAACACGGAACACUUGACGCCCACAACGCGGGUGAUAUGUUCUUCGAACACCAAUUUAUCCGGUGAGAGCUCGAAAAAUUGUUUGCUCCAGCGCCGCGGCUCCAACAAUAGCUUGACUUUAAACAUUAAUUCGAGUGUGCCGCUAAGUAGGCAUUCUAGCAACACGUCUCUAAACAAAGAAGCUAAAGCGGGACAGAAGAAGGGUUUAUUAGAGAGACGAAGCUCCAAUACGUCCUUGACUUUAAACAUUAAUAAUUCGAACCCUCAGUUGACUGUUGGGAAUCGAGGAUUGAGCAUCUCAAAUUACAACCUAAACGGUUCUAGUUGCAAUUUGAGUAGGUACAAUAGUAACCACAGCAUCGAUGCCGAACCUAGGAAGGGUAUUUUAGAACGACGCAAUUCCAACACCUCUCUUACCUUGAACAUUCAGCCUCAAGAACCAAGAGAUAUUGAGAUUGACGAAACCCUGCUGGAGCCGAGCCUCAAAGACCUACCGCACAGAGACAAACAUCGGAAAUCUUUGAGCACUGAGAACUUAAUACCAAAGUCUUAUAAGAAUAGAACACGAUUGAGAUCGAACGAGAAAGGACUUGGUUUUGGAUCUCACGAUAAUCUCUGGUCCUCUUCGUACGUGGAGUCGUCGGACUAUCCUCAGAACUUGACUUACAUCUGCGGGGAUCAAGAUAACGAAAUCAUAUAUGCCUUUGGACGUCAAGAUGACCAGUUCCAACCUGGCUUUGUGAGGAAUAUCACAACGAAACCUUUGAGUCCUCAGAGCACUUCAGAAGACUUUAGAAUGUACUUAGCGAAUAUGCAGCAUCUUCAAAAUGCGUCCAGUGUUUUGACCAGAAAACAGCUGAAAGAUUUGAAUGAAGUUUUCCAAAAUGGCUAUUCUAAAGUAAAAUGCCACAACAGUUCAGAAGGUCAAAAUUGCUGUUCCGGUCGAGUGGAGGAAGUCGGCCUGGAAAACCCACAAACAGUCAUACCAGAGUUGGUAUCGUCCCAGCCGUGCUCCGAGUAUCAAAAGUCACUCCUGAGGAACUUGCACAAGGAAUUUUGGGACAUGCCGACGAAUUUUCAGGAGAAGCCCAUAGUUUCCGGGUCUCAUACCAAGAACAGAUACAAGACGAUCCUCCCUAACGAACAUUCCCGAUUCAUCUUGAGGAAUGAGAGCGGAACUACUGAGGGUUACAUCAAUGCCAACUUUAUAAAGGGGCAUGAAUACACCAAAAAUACAUACAUAGCAACCCAGGGUCCUCUACAGAACACUAUGUACGACUUCUGGUCCAUGGUCUACCAGAACACCCUGGACUUCCGCAGCCGUCUCCGAGACCCUGACCCGGAACAAAACGUCCAGAAAGUAGUGAUGCUCACGAAUUUUAUAGAGAACAACCGACAGAAAUGUGAAAAAUACUUUCCUUUAGAACUUAACGAUGAACUUUUAGUGGACAGUGGCGAGGACAACUCUACAUUUAGCGUCAAGAACUGUGGAAUAGUAAAAAAAUCAGGAUAUACAAUUAGGAAAUUAAGCGUAAAGUAUAUUCAUAGUGAUUGUGAUAAAACACUAGACAGUGAAAGUUUAAGUGCCGUUCGCUCAGCGCAGAGCGAUGUGAUCGUUUACCACUAUUGGUUCCACAACUGGGCGGAUCAUAAAUGCCCUAAGGACGUUAACGCCCUGCUGAAUUUAAGUCUGGACGUUCUCAAAGAGACCGCGCACAACUUCAGCUGUGAGGCCGACGGCCCUAGUGAACCCUGCAGGCGCGACAGCCCCAAGCAGAGCUCGAAAUUCGUUUUUCCUCCAAUAGACAACCCAGUACCCUGCGAAAUGGUCGUUGAUGCCUCUACCCCUUUAGACUUGAAAGGGGAGUGCCUAUCGCCUCCCACUAUAAUACACUGUUCUGCCGGUAUUGGCAGAACGGGCUGCUUAAUUGCCAUCUUGAAUGGUAUAAAACAGCUGACGACGGAGCAGAAAGUUGACGUUUUGGGCAUAGUUUGUAACAUGCGGUUGAACAGAGGUGGAAUGGUGCAAAAUUCUGAACAGUAUGAGUUGAUUCAUAAAGUGCUGUGUCUUUACGAAAAGGCUUGUUUGCCAGAUUUAUAGGCGGGUUUUUAGUGGGGUAGGCAGAGUCGUUGAAGGAAAGUCACACGGUUGGGUCGCCUGCUUCAGCGCUUAGAGCCAGCGGUAGUUGCGUGUUCAGCACACGAACCGCUACCAGCUGUGGACGCUGUGGCCCGCGCACGGUCUGUUCACACGGGACGAUUCUAGUCGAUCAAUGUUAGCGGUCGGACGACUAGAAUCGAAUCGUGUGAACGAUACACAACUGCCCAAAUAUUAUUUGACUCGAUAUCAAUAAUUUGACUCUGCACAUAUUGUUUGAAUAAGUAAUAUGUCUAUUUUUAUAGUCGGACCUCCCUUUUGUAGGGAGUGAUUUUAAUUUUUAUUUAUUUCUUUAAUGGUCGAGCUGAUGGACCAUCCGGUGUUAAGUGGUUACCAGCGCCCACAGUUAUCCCAGCGUGGUGUGGGUAGCCGUUAUACUAAUGCAAUCGCGACUUCGAGUAGUCUCCAGGAGACUAGGCUAAUUAACAAAUUUAAGAGAAAUAUUAUAAAAUAUAUUAUGUGUACUUUGCUACUCUCUGCCUACCCUCGUAUCGUUGCGUGCCGUAAUGAUAGAGUUCUAGCCAUUCGUCGCACAAAUUUAAAAAUAAAGUUAUAAUGAUUGUUGUAUCACAUGAAAUAUGCUGUCUUUGUACCCGGGACCGAGGACGAAGAUUCGGCAUCAGGGGAAUUCUCUCUUCCCUUUAUUGGAUUCUCUUUACAAUCAUCUUCUUGAUUGCACGAGUUUAAAGAAUUUGAAAGAAAAAACUCUAAUUACAAUUGUGUGCUCUUCCACGAUACCUAAGUUAGAGCUAAGUAAAGUUGUUGAAAGUCUAGCUGGUGAUGACUGGAACCCAUUGUAAACUUUCAUUCUAGAGUCUUAGGGGUGAUUUUUCAAUAAUAUUGCCAAUUUAGAUCAUAGCUAAGAUUAGUAUUCAUUGAGGUACAUUUAAAAUAAGUGAAGACUUCGUCCUCGCCCAGCGUCCAGAUCCCCGACGAGUCCACUCGCAUUACGUCUCAUCACAAGGACUUCACUACCGACUUCCUGAAUCCAUCAAGCCCGUUAUGUUAUAGUUCGCUUCGGUUCUGAGACGAACACGCGAAACUUGGUGAUGACCCAAUGGUGUAUCAAAAACAGCAUAUUACAUCUGAUAAAAAUGUAUGUUUUAUUUUAUUUUUCAAAAAUAUAACUAUAUAGUUUGUAAGUUGUUAAUUUAUUUAUUUCGCGUGUAAUUAGUGUUUUCGUUUUGUAAAUUUAAUCGACGGACGAAGCUCCUGUCGGUUUAAGCGCUAUUUUGUUGACUUUACAGCCGAGAUGUUUAUGUAUUAUCUUCGUUAUCGACUGCGUUCAAAUUUACUGAAAUUCCUGCACGGGUCCCCGAGAAACCUUCCUGAAAUCGAAAAGGGUAUAGCGUAAUGAAUAGCUUCGUAAAAGCGAAGAGCAAAGUUAAUAAAUGAGUACAUACUUUGUGAAGGUAGUUGACAGCCGCCCUGCCCCGCCUCGCCGCGUUGUCUCAGGUCGUUGAUCCCUCGAGUGAGCUGAUUUUUAUUUGUGGUACAUUGCGUGCACUGCAAGGGACAAUAAGAAAUGAAUUCGGACGCCAAUGUAAUUCCUUCCAGGACUGCCUUUGUCGGAAACGUUUCUUUCAUCUAGUUUGUUAUCACAAAGGACGAGCAAACGUAUGCUUUAAAACAUAAUCACGAAAGUUAGCAAAAAAAGGUUGAAGAAGAUUCUGUUUCUGGAAAAUAAAUAGAAGACGGACCAGUAUUGCACAUCCGUCAUGAGAGUAGACGUUCAGUUCUUGGCGUCACAAGGUCUCUUAGCAAGCAGUUCAGGGUCCGCACGUAGCUAGAGCCAUUUCUGUUUUUCUACUUAUACUAGUGCGCUCUACCGUGACCUAUCUGCGUGUUUAGCCGUGUGCGAUUCACCACAUGCCGCGUACAUUUUACUCACGUGGAACUAGCAUCGUGUUCAUUGCUAGUUUUUAAUAAUCACGUAAUCUAGAUGAGUUGACGCACUGCAGACCCGCUACGCAAUGUGUGGCGAAAUCACGACGACAAGUUAUUAAGUUUUCAGACAUCUUGUGUAAAAUCAUGGACAUUGGUAAUGAAAGUGGGAAAGCCCUGUUUCGUACUAUGAGAGCUCUGGAAUACGACAAUCAUUAAGUAAAUAAGGCGGUGUGAAUUGACAAGCCAUUUAUUUUACCUAUAGAGAGUUUUAUUUUAUGUCUUUAAUUUACCCGUUUUCAAAAUAAAGAAUCCAAUAACAGUAUUUUAAUUACAAUUUAAAGUCCAAAAAACUUUACUUUAACAAAUAAGCCAUAAUUAUAAAAAGAAGUGGCAGAACAAAUGUGCCUACCUUUUUUUUCUAUAUACCUAUCGUAUAUUUCUUAGUCACCUAAGUAAAAAAAAAGCAUAAACACAAAAGAGAAGUUAUUUUCCGUAACUGUGUUGGAAAUAAAAUAUGUAAGCUCGUAACGCUAAUGCCAGAUUACAUUGUAAUUUCACAAACAUUCUCUGGCCGAACUGAGAAACAUGAGUUGUUUCAACUUCACCGCAUCCUACGCGCUCUCUUCGAACUACCCGCUCAUUCCCUUUGGAAUUGAAAUUGCAUUUGGCACUGCAAGUAAGGUUUUAGGUACCGUCAAUGUAAUGAUAGUGCUAUUAUACAUUUAACAACUGGACAGUGGGCCAGGUUUCAGUGAUUCAUAAUAAUAUGAUUGUGCUUUAUUACUAUGAUUAUAAAGAUCUAAACUUUAAAUAACUUUGUCAUCGUGAAGUCAUAAUGGAAUCUGGCUACACGCUUUUUUUUGUAAUUUUUUAAUUUUUUUAUUGCUUUGAUGGGUGGACGAGCUCUCAGCCCACCUGGUGUUAAGUGGUUACGGGAGCCCAUAGACAUCUACAACGUAAAUGCGCCACCCACCUUGAGAUAUAAGUUCUUAAGUCUCAAAUAUAGUUACAACGGCUGCCCCACCCUUCAAACCGAAACGCAUUACUGCUUUAGGGCAGAAAUAGGUAGGGUGGUUGACGCGCGGACUCAAGAGGUCCUACCACCAGUAAACUGCCCGCGACUGAUAAGAAAUUUCAAGCUUAGUUCAUUAAAGUGCCCAGGAAAUGUCUUCGUCGACUUUAUUCCAGACCUGUGGAAUUUAAAGAUAAAUGUCCAUGAAUGUCUUUAUUCGUAAGGAAGUUAUUUUCCGAGAGAUAAGGAAAACGAGAAGGUGGGAUUUCAAAUAAUUUGUUAGACUGAAGUUAUUGAUUUAUCUGAUUUUGGUUCAUUGGUCGUCCGAUCCAAUGCAAGCACUGGUUUCUUAAUCGAAGGAGGACGGCGCCUGCAGUUUCCUAAAAUUUUAUAGUUAUUCAGGUCAUUCUCUGAGGUCAUUAAACUGUUAUUCGUUUGAAAACGUUCUUUGUUUUUGUAUUUAUUAUCGCGAGAGAAUGCCAUCUAUAUGUAAAAAUAUAAUAAUAAUAUUUACAUUUCUUUAUAAAUCUAUAAGAUGUGAUUUUGAUGGAUUUAAAAAUUAAAAAGUAUGUACAAUAAUGUGUGUAUAAUAAUAGAUACGUGUAUGUAAUUGUGUAAUUUUAUUAUAUUCCUCGACAAAUAUAAAUUA